CCCGGCCCGAGGCCCGAGGCCCGAGGCCUGAGGCCUGAGGACCCCGCACCAUGUUCAAGAAGCUGAAGCAGAAGAUCAGCGAGGAGCAGCAGCAGGCGGCGGCCCAGGUCCCUUCCAGUUCACCUGCCCCAGCAGGGACCAGGAGCCGGACAUCUUCUCUUACAGAGCAGCAUGAUGAUGGUACGCCCAACAGAGAGCUUCUAGCUGGGAUUUUAGCAGAGCCUGCUUUUCUCUCUGAGUACACUAUCUUUGCUUUGGAUUCCUCCAAACAACCCAAACCACAGAUUGCCUGUGUGACUACAUCUAGCUACACGCCUCAGAAAUCAGCUGACUGCAUUAAUGGAAAUGAACCAGCUCCUCAGUCGAGUGAGAUGCAGUCUUUUGCACAGAAGCUCCAGCUCCGGGUUCCAUCAAUGGAGUCUUUAUUUCGAAGUCCAAUCAAGGAAUCCUUGUUCCGUUCUUCUUCGAAAGAAUCUCUGGUGCGAAGCUCCUCGAGAGAAUCCCUGAAUCGUCUUGAUCUUGACUCGGCCGCUACAUUGGAUCCCCCAUCUGACGUUGACAGUGAGACCGAGGAGGCCGUGGGACAUGUGGACAGUCUCAGUAAAGAACAGCUCUGUCAGCGAGUACGGAGGAUGGAGCGAAGCUUAAACAGCUAUCGAGGCAAAUAUUCAGAGCUUGUUACUGCCUAUCAAACUGUCCAGAGAGAAAAGAAGAAGUUACAGGGUCUUUUGAGCCAGAGUCAAGAUAAAGCCCUCAGGAGAAUUGGGGAAUUAAGAGAGGAGCUUCAGAUGGAUCAACAGGCUAAGAAACACCUCCAAGAAGAGUUUGAUGCGUCCCUUGAGGAGAAGGAUCAGUACAUCAGUGUUCUGCAGACUCAGGUUUCACUACUGAAGCAUCGCUUGCAAAGUGGCCAGGUGACUGUGGAGUUACCUAAACCUGAAAGCCUCCCCAAAGAAACUAACGAAGAGAAUGCACAGAAUGAUCUGGAUCAUGGAGUGCCGACAGAGGGAGAUGGAGACGCUGCCCAAACUUUAGAAACUCUUCAGCGGAGAGUGAAGCGGCAAGAGAAUCUCCUUCAGCGCUGCAAGGACAUCAUCAAGUCAUACAAGGAGCGUGCUGCUCUUCUCACCAACGAGAAGGAAGCCCUUCAGGAGCAGCUCGAGGAAAGGCUUCAGGAACUGGAGAAAAUGAAGGAACUUCACAUGGCUGAGAAAACGAAAUUGAUUACUCAGCUGCGGGAUGCAAAGAAUUUGAUUGAACAGCUUGAACAAGAUAAGUGCUCCAAUGCUUCUCGGCAGGGGAUGGUAAUAGCAGAGACCAAACGUCAAAUGCACGAGACCCUGGAAAUGAAAGAAGGAGAGAUUGCUCAGCUUCGUGGUCGAAUCAAGCAGAUGACCACCCAAGGCGAGGAGCUGCGGGAACAGAAAGAGAAGUGUGAGAAAGCUGCUUUUGAGGAACUUGAAAAAGCUUUGAGCACAGCACAAAAAACUGAAGAAGCCCGGAAAAAAAUGAAAGCAGAAAUGGAUGAACAGAUAAAAGCAAUUGAAAGAACAAGUGAGGAAGAACGCGUAAAUCUGCAGCAGGAGCUAAGCCGGGUAAAACAGGAAGUUGUAGACAUUAUGAAGAAAACGUCCGAAGAGAGAAUUGCUCAGUUACAGGAGAUGUAUGCUGGGGAACUCGCUAACAAGGAGAGGGAGCUCAAUGAGAAAUUUCAGGCUCGGGAAGAAGAAUUCCAGAGGCAAUUGAAAGCAGCUCUUGAAAAUAAUCAAACAGAGUAUUUGAAAACCACGCGAGAAAAAGAGCAGCAAGAAUCCUUAGCUCUUGAAGAAUUAGAAUUGCAGAAAAAAGCUUUACUCUUAGAAAGUGAAAAUAAGCUUCGGGACCUACAGCAAGAAGCAGAGACCUAUAGAACUAGAGUCCUGGAGUUGGAAAGCUCCCUGGUCAAGUGCUCUCAAGAUAGCAAGAAUCAGGUAGAAGAGAUGUCCUUCCAAAUGGAAUCUGAGAGAAACAAGCACAACACAGAGAUCACAGUCAUGGUUGAAAACCAUAAAGCGGAGUUAGAAAGUUUGCAGAAGCAACAGCAGCAGCUUUGGACAGAGAAACUUCAAGUCCUAAAGCAGCAUCACCGGACUGAAGUCGAGAAACUCAGGGAGAAGCAUGAGCAAGAACAGGAAGCGUUGUUGAAAGAGAAGGAGACCGUGUUUCGUGGGCACAUAGAAGAGAUGAAUGAGAAGACGUUAGAAAAGCUUGACGUGAAGCAAACAGAGUUAGAAGCAUUAUCUUCAGAGUUGUCUGAAGCAUUAAAAAUUCGACAGAAUCUGGAAAAAGAGCUCUCUGUCUUGAAGAGUGAGAAGGAUCAGGUAAAGCGGGAGCUUGAGGCAAAGCUGGAUGAGCAGAGAGUUCAGCACCAGCGGCAAGUCGACGUGAUGCUUGAAGAGCAGAAGCGGUCUGUCCAGGACGUUGAGAAGGUCAUGAAAGAGGAAAUCAAGCAAGUCGAGCUUCUGCUAAAGGAAAAGGAACGCCAUCUGGAAGAGCAGCAAGCGCAGCAGCAGAAAUUAGAGGAAUCUAUUAAAAGAGCCGAAACUGAGCUCAAGCAAGCAUCAGAUAAGAUAGAUAUUUUUCAGUCGCACCAGAAUAACUCAAAUGAGCAGGUUAAAGCCUAUGAAAGGCAGCUGACCGAAUUGCAACAGAAAUGGGCUGAUAUGGAAGCUGAGAAAGAUCACCUUGAAAAACAGGUAGCAGAAGCUGACGUGCAAAAGGAUCAUCUCAGUGCAGAACUGGAUUCUUACAAAACCCAGGUGCGAGACUUAACGCUGCAGCUGGAGAAACACAGUAAUGAAAUGGAUCAAAAACUACGUUCUCUAACCGAUCAGUAUGAGUCUCAACUAAAAGAUCUUAGUACAGAACAAGAGCAGACCAAGCAAAGCUUGGCUGAAAGGGAGAAUGAAAUUUUACACAUGAAAGAACUAGAGAACCAGGAAAUAGAGAAUUUCAGGCAAAGAUUGUUAGCCAACGAAGAGAGCAUUAAGACUUUGGAAAAAGAAUAUGAAAACAGAUUAAAGAAUCAAGAAAUCAAGAUGGAAAAAGUUAAACAGAAAGCCAAGGAAGUACAAGAAACCUUCAAGAAGAAACUGUCGGAUCAGGAAGCGAAGCUGAAAAAAGAGCUUGAAAACACACACUUAGAGUUCAGCCAGAAAGAAAAACAAUUGAAUGCAAAAAUGCUGGAGAUAGCCCAGGCUAGCUCCGCAGGAAUGAAUGAUGCGAUUUCAGAACUGAAGAAGAACCAGCAGGAGCAAGUGCGAAGUCUCACGGCAGCCCAUCAGCAAGAACUCAGGGACGUGGUGGUCAGCUGGGAGAGGAAGGUCAGCCAGCAAGCCGAGGAGCUGCGGGAGAAGCACGAGCGCGAAGUGGCCGGGCUCAAGCAAGAGAUGGCGGCCGUCAGGGCUGACAGAGAGAUGGCCAGCAGAGAGGUGACCUCGCUGCGGGAGGCGGGCACGGAGCAGGGUGCGCUGCUGGAGCAGUUAGAGGGGCAGCUCACGACGCUGACGCAGGACGCAACAGACACGAGAGCUCAGCUGGAAACGCUGCAGGCCGAGAGGGCUGCUCUCCGCCAGCAGGUAAGUGAGUUGAAGACCCUGGAAGAAAAAGAUAAGCAGAAGUUUAUGGAGCUGACUGAGAAGUUGAACAGUACUGAAGAGCAACUCCAGGCUUUGAAAUCUUCACGUGAAGGAUACGAGAAGAAAGUAGAGGCCGACCGCUUGCACUUUCAGAGACUGUCUGAAAAACUAGCAGCACAGCUGCACACGUGCUGCCGGGAAGCCGAAACCUUACUGCAGACUAAAGCCGGUGAACUGAUGGAGAAGAGUGACAGUAAAAUCAAGGCUGCUCUUUCUAGGGUUUCUUACUGCCAGCUUCAGACCAGUAAAGUGAAAGAAGCUCUAUUAAUUCAAACUCGUAAAAUCCCUGAACUGGAAGCAAAGCUUAGACAAGCAACAGAACAACAACAUGUAUUAAGUAAUUCUUUACAACAUUCAGUUCAUCAAUUGGAAGAAAAAGAAAAUCAAAUCAAAAGCAUGAGAGCUGACAUUGAAGGCCUCGUCACAGAAAAGGAAGCGUUGCAGAAAGAAGGAGGCCAUCAGCAGCAGGCUGCCUCUGAAAAGGAAUCUUGUAUCACUCAACUAAAGAAAGAGUUAGCUGAAAACGUCAAUGCCGUCACCUUGAUGAAAGAGGAGCUUCGAGACAAGAAAUCGGAAAUCGGCAGCCUUCACGAGCGUGUGAGGGACCUGACCGUUCAACUUCAGAAUAGCGUUAGCCUGACGGAAAAAGAGGAGGCCGCGUCCCUGAUGAGUCAGCAGCGUAACGAGGCCCAGCGGGAGCUGCUCAGCCAAGUCCAAGAUCUAUCCUCGACGGUCGACACCUUGAACAAGGAGAAAGCGUCAGCUCUUGAACAGGCUGAUCACUGGAUGAGUAAGUUCUCUGAGUGGAAGAAGAAAGCACAGUCAAAGUUUACGCAGAAUCAAAAUGCUAUUAAAGACUUACAGAUGCAAUUGGAGCUGAAAACAAGGGAAUCUAGUGAAAAAGAUGGACAGAUAAAUUCAUUAAAGGAGAGUCUUGAUCAGGAAAAAGAAAGUUUUAAAAGUUGGAAGAGUGAGCUCGAAGAGAGGGAGGGUAAGGAGGAGAAGCACAGAUGUGAUGUGCUAGCUGAGCUAAACAUCCGGGCGGCCAGAAUCGCGGAGCUAGAGGAGUGUGUUGCCCAGACAACAACAGAAAACGUGCGCUUGGCAGAAGAGCUUAAGCGACACUGUGAAAGCGAAGAGCGGCUCCGGUGUGCCCGCGAGCAGGCGGAAGAGCGGCUGCUGCAGCUCCAGAAGCAGGCGGAUUCCGUGCGGUCCGAGCUGGAGGCUCAGCGGACUGAGACGGAGCGCGCCGUCGCUUCCAGCGGCAGAAGCAAGGCGGACGAGUUAAAGGCACUGCAGGAGCGACUGGACGCAGAAAAUGCCGCCAGGCUGGCAGAAUUGAAGAAGAAGGCGGAACAAAAGAUCGCCACCAUCAAGAAGCAGCUGCUGUCCCAAAUGGAAGAGAAGGAGGAGCAGCACAAAAGAGAAGCAGACAGCCGGGUGACAGCGAUGACCCGGCAGCUGCGGGAGCGAGAGCGUGAGGUUCAGCAGCUCCGUGAGCAGCUUGGAUCCGUGGGCAGGCGGGCAUCGGAGCCAGGAGAGGCCACGGCUGGGGCGGCCUCCUCCGCGGAGCCCGUGGGAUGGGCAGCGGAGGGGGAGGCUGGCAGCGAGGAAACGCCUCGGACUGAGAUGCGGGAGCGUCUGACAGGGUGGGAACAGGUGGAGAAAAGGCGGCCGGGGGAGCCGGACUCGGAGAACGACGUCAGAGCGGGCCAGAAGAUCCUCCCGAAGAAGGGCCGAACGGGCCAGACGUUAGAGGAGAGAAAGGAGAGGGAAGAAGCCAGAGCUGCAGCGGAGCUGCUGACGUCCAGCCCUGGACACUUCAAGGCUUCUCAGCAGCAGCUGGAGGAGAAAGAGGAGCCCGUGGAAGUUGUAGGGGACGGUGGUGGAAGCAGCCCAGAGGCCCGUGCAGCCCAGGCCCAAGUGCUCCCUGGCACACGGAGCCAGCAGGAGGACCUGAGGUCUGAAUUCGAGGAGGCCGAGCGGGACAGACAGCGGCUGCGCAAGGAGGUGAAUCGCUUGCGGGGGGAUUUGCGGACUCUGAGGAAGGAGCAUCAGCAGGAGUUGGAAAUAACCAAGAAAGAAUGUGAAGAAGAAAUGGAAAAGAAAAUGAAAAUGGAACAGGAAGACAAUGAGCUCAAGCACAACUCCAAGUUAAAACAACUGAUGAGGGAGUUUAACACCCAGCUGGCACAGAAGGAGCAGGAACUGGAAGCCACCAUCAAAGAAACCAUCAGUAAGGCCCAAGAAGUGGAGGCAGAGCUCUUAGAAAGCCACCAAGCAGAAACGAAUCAUCUGCAUAAAAGAAUUGCGGAUAAAGAAGAAGAUUUAAAAAGAACAGCCAAAAGAUAUGAAGAAAUCCUUGAUGCACGAGAAGAAGAAAUGACUGCUAAAGUUAUUGAACUACAGACACAGCUGGAACAGCUGCAGAAGGAACACCAGCAGCGACUCCAUGAGGAAGAGGAGAAUCCAAGCAGUGAGAAAGUAACAAUAAUGGAUCUCCAGACCCAGCUGGCCCAGAAAACUACUCUUGUCAAUGAUUCCAAGCUGAAAGAGCAGGAGUUCAGAGAGCAGAUUCAUACAUUAGAAGACCGUUUAAGGAAGUAUGAGAAGAACAUGUAUGUUACAACAGUGGGGAUGCCUUACCAAGGGGGUAAUCUGUGCCAUGCUGAUGUCUCUCUAUUUGGAGAGCCGACUGAGUUUGAGUACUUGAGAAAAGUGCUCUUUGAAUACAUGAUGGGUCGUGAAACUAAGACAAUGGCAAAAGUCAUAACUACAGUCCUGAAGUUUCCUGCUGAUCAGACUCAGAAAAUCUUAGAACGAGAAGAUGCCCGGCCACUGUUUGCUUCAGCUCGCAGUGGUAUCUUCUGAAUAAGCCGUCAGUCUGUGCUUAGUUAGCAUGUGGUCAUGGCUACGAUUGUCAUCUUGAAGAAAUUGGGAUGAAGAAUGUUCCUUGAUUGUGCUGCUUAAAAAACUGUUCACGUCUGUUUUUCUUUGAGAAAAGGCGUGACGGACGGAUGACAAGCUGCUUUUCAGGUCCCUAGAGAGAGGCCGUGCAGAGGCAGCUAGAUGACACUGGAUCAUGAAGACAGCUAGAGCUGCCUUGGGAAGGGUGACGUGGGGACAGCUCAUUCCUCCCUUCAGCUGGGUGGUGGCACUUUUAGAGGGGCUGACUAAUGAACGAAUGAAUCCGAGAUGAGCCCGCCUGUGCUUCUCUCAUCCCUUUUUCCUCCCUCCUUUUAAGAUUUGAACUCGAUGGUUUGCCUCUUCGAUUUAUUUAUUUUAGGGUGAUUUGGGGUUUUUUUGGGGGGGGGGGUUCUGUUUUAGUUAAAAUGACUUGUGCAAUACAUUUUGAGGUGGAAUUUGAUAGAUUUUUUUCCUGAUGAAUUAGAGGAAUUUGACUAUAUUAUCCAGAUUUGAUUUGUUGAUUUUUUUCUUUUUUGCUAAAGACUAGUUCUUUAAGCUUUUGCUUCUGAUGAAUCCAAAUGGCAGUACCUCAUUUGUUUACUUCGCUUUUGUACUUACAUUUUCCAGGAAAAAAAUACUGUAAAUUGUAAAUAGUUAAUACAUAACUGUAUCAUAUGCUGAUCUGUGACUGUUGGCAAUGUCAAUCUAGGAUGAACAGAGAAAAAAAAUAAAGUUUUAUUUACUGU